UGUAGCCUACGACCACAACUGGUAAUUUGUUACGUAAUUUUCCAGACGGAGAAUGUUUCGAGUCCGAUGUCUUUGUCAUUGAAAAGCACAGAGAGACAGAAUUAACAGUCGCUGUCAGCUUUGUUCUCAAAGGGGAAACAGCAGGUGCAAAUCCAAAUAAGUGGAAUGUCAUGAAAGCAUCGCGAUGUCCGUUGAAGAAUGUAGCUAGGUUAAUCUGGCUUUAUUCGCGGUUUUCAGACAAUAAUGGCCGGACAAAUAGGCUAUGUCAACCGAACACGAUGCAGAUAGGUCUUGGGGAUAUAUAAUUGUGUUUCUCUUUUCGGUGCGAGUCGUGAUCAGGCAAGAGAGUGAACCGACAGGACACUCGAUGAUUUGACAGCACUGCCGCUUUGGGAGGAUAAUACGUGGAUAGAUGCAGAAUUAUUUGCACAUUUACUGGGGUAGCCUGUCAUUUGAUGUAGGUGUUAUUGGUUAUAGUAAAGCAAUUUCAUAGCCAAUUGCGUGUAUUUUGACAAAUUCCAGGAAAUCCAACAGCGCGUUGGGAGAAUUGCAGUAACGAAUUUCUAUCAUAUUGCAGGUCUGAAAAAUGAUGCUUUCCAUCGUGGCUGUUUGAUGCUGCUGCUGCUUGGGUAGAGCGGCUCGUUGAGACGACUCUCUGCCCCCCCCCAGCCCCCUGUUACCCCCACCCACCAGCCACCAUGUUGAUCAAGGAGUACCGGAUCCCCAUGCCCAUGAGCGUGGAGGAAUACCGCAUCGCCCAGCUCUACAUGAUCCAGAAGAAGAGCCGAGAGGAGAGUUGUGGUGAGGGCAGUGGGGUGGAGAUCCUAGAGAACAAGCCGUAUGAGGAUGGUCCAGGCGGGUCGGGACAGUACACACACAAGGUGUACCACAUCGGGAAACACAUCCCCUCAUGGUUCUGCUCCAUCCUGCCUCAGGCUGCUCUACGCGUGGAAGAGGAGUCCUGGAACGCCUACCCAUACACACGCACACGGUAUACCUGUCCAUUCGUAGAGAAGUUCUCCAUAGACAUUGAGACGUAUUAUAAACCUGACACAGGGACCCAAGAGUGCUUCAAUCUGUCAUCAGUAGAAAAAAGAACAAGGACUAUAGACCCCAUUGACAUUGUGAAGGACUACAUUGCACCUCAUGAGUACCUGGUUGAGGAGGACCCUAAGCUGUACUUAUCAGAGAGAACCAAGCGAGGACCACUGACUGACGACUGGAUCGAACUCAUCAACCAGAACCCGACCCAGAACACGGUCAUGUGUGCCUACAAGCUCUGCAAGGUGGAGUUCAGAUACUGGGGCAUGCAGUCCAAGAUAGAACGCUUCAUUCACGAUGUUGGCCUGCGUAAGGUGAUGGUGCGUGCCCACCGGCAGGCAUGGUGCUGGCAAGAUGAGUGGUACGGUCUGACCAUAGAGGACAUCAGACAGCUGGAGCUGGAGACCCAGCUAGCCCUGGCCAGGACGAUGGCCCAGUACAGUCUCAGUGACACAGAGGAGGGGGCGGAAGUGACCAACGGGACCCCUGCCACCCCCGACCAGGACCAGGAGGGAGUGAAGGCCCUGGGGGAGGGGGGAGAGGUAGAGGGAGGACGGACAGGGCUGGGAGAUGCGUUACAGACACGUGGAGAGCUCACCAAGCAGUGGUCGACUUCGUCCAAGUCGUCUAAUAGAUCCUCGAAGAGAGGAGGAAGCCCCGUCCACCAGAACAUCUCAGAGUGGCGGAUGCAGAGUAUCGCUCGUGACUCCGAGGACAGCACGGACGACGAGUUCUUUGACGCUCACGAGGACUUCUCUGGGGAUGAGGAGAUGCUGUUACAUGCCAAGGAGAUGACCAAGUGGAGUUCCAACGACCUAAUGGACAAGAUGGAGACUACAGAGACGGACGAGGGCCAGGAGAACCUGUAUCAGUCGGGUGAAGAGUAUGCCGCCACCAGUAGUGACGAGAGACUCCUUGAGGAUGGGUCGUCUCAGCAGUGUCUGGCGCCCUCAAAGAUCCACGUUCUCCUCCUGGUGCUUCACGGGGGUAACAUCCUAGACACUGGAGCAGGUGAGCCAAAUAGUAAGCAGGCGGACGUCAACACUCUGACCGGAGCGUUUGAGACCGUGAUGAGGGUCCAUUACCCAGCAGCCCUAGGACGCAUCGCCAUCCGCGUGGUUCCUUGCCCCGCGGUGUGUGCCGACGCCUUUUCCCUGGUGUCCAAUCUCAGUCCUUAUAGUUAUGAUGAGGGCUGCCUCUCCAACAGUCAGGACCACAUCCCUCUAGCUGCACUGCCUCUAUUGGCCACCUCCGCUCCCCAGUACCAGGAUGCCGUGGCUACCGUCAUCCAACGAGCCAAUCAGGUGUAUGGGGACUUCUUAAGGUCCUUGGAAGGGACAUCCUUCUCCGGACAGGUGUGUGUGAUCGGGGACUGUGUAGGUGGUAUCCUAGGGUUUGAUGCUCUGUGCAGCAGUAACGUCACCGUCUCAGAGAGCCAGAACAGCAGCAGACGAGGCAGCACUGUCAGCGUACAGGACACAGACCUCCUCUCCCCAGGCAUCAUAAUAAACAGUGUCUCUCCGUCCUCUCCAUCUUCUCCGUCUCUGGAGGGCAGUCGCCAUCUUAGUCGCAGUAACAUCGACAUCCCUCGCAGCUUAGGGCCUGACGACCCCAAGACUAUGCUGCCACGCAAACGCAGUGACUCCUCCACCUACGAACUAGACACCAUCAAACAGCACCAGGCCUUCCUGUCCAGUCUCCACAGCAGUGUGUUGAGAACAGACCCGGGUUCGAGGCGCUCCAGCAGCAGUACCAUGCUAGAGGGAGGGGCGCUAGGGAGGCUGGACUUCGAGGUGGCAGACUUCUUCCUCUUUGGUUCUCCUCUGGGUCUGGUGCUGGCACUGAGGAAGACUGUUGUGCCAUCUAUAGAUGUCUCAGCGUUGCGUCCGGCUUGUCAGCAGGUGUAUAACCUGUUUCAUCCAGCGGACCCCUCUGCCUCCCGCCUGGAGCCCCUCCUAGAGAAGAGGUUUCACCAGCUGCCCCCCUUCUGUGUCCCCCGAUACCAACGCUUCCCUCUGGGGGACGGGCACUCGGCUCUGCUGGUGGAGACGAUGCAGAGUAACCCCCAGCUCAUGUUGGAGUCAGUACCCCUGCGUUACCAGGAGGGGGGCGUCAGUGAGACCUCCAUCCCGGUCCCUGUACUCAACUGGCCCCAACAGGCCGCACAGCUCAACGACACUGACGUGCUCCACUCCCACUGUGGUGUGUUUGUGGACAGCCAGUACCCGUCCUCCCCGCUGACCGGACCCCCCCACCCCAGGGGCCUCCGUAGGUCCAGCGAGGCCAGCAUCGCCAGCCAGGUGUCAGGCAUGGCCGACUCAUACAACGCCUCCAACAUCACCAAUACUACUAAAUGCCAAAGCAGCCCGUCUAAGAAGCUGGGUCUCCUUUCCCAGCUAGCGCUUCCUAAACUCCCCUCGAGAAGCCCCUCUCCGCGGGCCAGGAAGAAGAUACGACCCUUCCUCUCUCACGGACGCACCGACUCAGACCAGGGUGACAACGACGUCACCGCUGACGUCACUGCCUCUGAUGUCUCCUCAGACUUGCCGUCUGACAUCAUCGAUACGAACUCUGACCCCCCGUCGCCAGACACGCUGAUGGACGUCGAGCAAGUUGCAUCUCGGUGGUGGGGCAGUAAGAGGAUGGACUUUGCCUUGUACUGUCCUGAUGCCCUCACAGCCUUCCCCACUGUAGCCCUGCCUCACCUCUUCCAUGCGUCGUACUGGGAGUCCACUGACGUCGUCUCCUUCCUACUCAGACAGGUGAUGAGGCAUGAGACCUCGAGUAUUCUGGAGCUGGACGGUAAAGAGGUGACCGAGUUCAAGCCCUCUAAACCCAGAGAGAAGUGGAUCCGCAAGAGGACCCACGUCAAGAUCAGGAACGUGACGGCCAACCACCGCGUGAACGAUGCGGUGUUCUCUGAGGACGGAACACAGCUGGUGAUGGGACGCUUCAUGUACGGACCUCUGGACAUGGUCACCCUCACUGGGGAGAAGAUUGACAUCCACAUCAUGACCCAGCCCCCCUCAGGAGAGUGGGUGUACUUUGACACCGAGCUGACCAAUAGCAGCGGACGCAUCUCUUAUGUCAUCCCAGAGAGCAAAAGGCUGGGCAUUGGAGUUUAUCCUGUCAAGCUGGUCGUCAGGGGUGACCAUACGUUUGCGGACAGCUACCUGACGGUGUUGCCGCGGGGAACAGACUUUGUAGUGUUCAGUAUCGACGGCUCGUUUGCUGCCAGCGUGUCCAUCAUGGGCAGCGACCCCAAGGUCAGGGCUGGAGCUGUGGACGUGGUCAGACACUGGCAGGACCUGGGCUAUCUGAUAGUGUAUGUGACGGGUCGUCCAGACAUGCAGAAGCAGCGUGUGGUGGCCUGGCUGUCUCAGCAUAACUUCCCUCAUGGAAUUGUGUCCUUCUGUGAUGGCCUGGUCCACGACCCCCUCAGACACAAGGCCAACUUCCUCAAGUCCCUCAUCUGUGAGGCCCAUAUGAAGAUAUUUGCCGCGUACGGCUCUACUAAGGAUAUCACAGUUUACUCCUCCUUAGGCCUGCCCCCAUCACACAUCUACAUAGUGGGACGGCCCACCAAGAAGAUGUCCAGCCAGUGUCAGUUCAUCCCAGACGGCUAUGCAUCCCACCUGUCCCAGCUGGAGUACAGUCAGAGGUCUCGUCCUGCCAAGACCGCCAGUGCCCGUAUUGUUCUCCGUAAGGGAAGCUUCGGACUGGGCGCCGCCGGGGGGGACUACCUCCGCAAGCGCAACCACAUCCUGCGCUCCAUCAACGCAACUGGGGGGGCGGGCUCUAGCUCCCCUGGCCAACCAGGACGCACGGAACGCACGCUGAGCCAAUGCGAGGUAGAGAGGGAGAGAGCAGGAGCGGGGACCCAGAGGAGUAUGAGUAUAGCUGCUGGGUGUUGGGGCCGCACCGGGAGCACCAAGGAGGGGUCAGGAGGAUUACUCAGCCCAAAAUAGGACUCACCAGACUGGGCUACAGGGGGGAGGGGACCCUGCCUGACUCUACCUGGAGCACCAUGAUCUUUGGACUGGCCCCGAGAGAGACAAGGAGAGAGGAUGGAUGGAGAUAGGAAGAAGUAUGUUUAAGAGAGAGAGAGAAGGGAAAGAAUGGGAUGAAAGUGGGAUAAGGUUUACUGAGGGGCGGAAAGUGAGAGGGAGGGAAAAGGGCCAAAGAGGGUGAGCAAGAGGAAGAAGCAGGGUCUCUUGGGAAAUAGAUACGAAAGGAAUAGAGAGAGAAGAGAUUGGUUGAGUGAAAAGUAAAGCCAGAAACAUGGGAGGUGCUCUGACUUAGCUGUAAAGAUCAAAUGACAUUUCUACUGUAGCAUUAGAGUCUCACAGUCAAGACUUUUAUAUUACCUACCUUGGCCACUAAAAGAAAAUAACUGGAAAAUAAAAUAAAUUAAAACUAAAAACAAACAAUCGUAAGCCUUAAUCGUCACCCCCUGAGGGCCUGGAGUGCCUACCCUUGUCUGAGUAAUGGUUGAAUGUACUCUCUCUACCGAGAGGACAAUGGGAAUUCGCACACAUACAAACACCCCAGCUCAGGACAGGCCCGGACAGUGGAGCCACAAAAAUAAGACUCAAAUGGUGAUCUGGAGGUCAGUCUGUAGCCAUGGCAACAAGUCAACAACUUAAUCUGUUUUUAUCCCUCUAUCCGCUGAGAUACACCUCCUUCCUUCCCGCUAACCCCAUUGUGUCUGGCAAUAAGAAAACGAGUCCCCUCACACUGCCAGGAGAGAAGCACCACUACCCUAUAGAAAGAGAGAGGGAAGAGGAAAAGCAAGAGGAAGAGGGCUGGAAGGAAAGAGGGUGGAUACAGAGAGCGAUGCAAGACAAAAGGGAGGGAGGGGAAAGGUUAUGGAUGACAUGUACAAUUUCCUCUAGUCUAUUCCUGGGCCAUUUCUCUACUUUUAUCAGUGUGGUACUACACAGCGAUUUCUACCGUUGACCUCAGCUCCAGUCCUUUUCACUCCGUAACAGAGUAGCUACUGUACUGUACCACGUCUUUCAGCAUGGCUUGUGGGCCAUCCCAGGCCUUAAACCCCAAUGACACAUUUAUAACGUCAGACUCUGAAGGAUCCCAGGACUGAGCUAGACAAGGCUUGUCAUAACAGUAGACAUUAGUGACACUUUUUAAACGCUGAACAAACGGAACACAGCAGCAAUCCCUUUACCAGACCAUCUGCUUGCAAUACCUCUGAGCCACCAGUGGGGGAGCAGUGUCUCUCUCUGUUUUCAAAAAGCAUGAUGCUGUUGGUAUUAAUUUCAGUUCAUCCUGCGGCGCCUCUUCGCUAUCAACCUUUGUCAUUACACACCAUUCAGUGACACUCCAGUGGACUUCCCUAUGAUGCUCAGAGCUCUUUCCUCCUUGAGGCAUGUGAUGAAUGCUAUUCAUUGGACAUUACUACAUUUCAGUCUGGAUACUGAAAGUGAUCUAGGCUUUUCACAGUGAUUUAAGCUUUUCAGCGAACCCUCACUAUUCAAAGGACGGAAGCGGGACGUUUCGUGAUUCCUAACAAACAGACGAGGACAGGCGAUGAGGUCACAGGAAGAAGGGUUGUAAACGUUCUGAGAGCAGACAGGAUGGCCAGACAUCCUCAGAGGCAGGAAGACAUGCUUUGAUUCCACUUUAUUUCACAGUUCCCCUAUCCUGUUUUAUUUUUUACCUGUUUUUUACCUAAUAAUAACCACCAUCCGAUACCAAGUUGUUUCCAAUUGUGAUUCGUUAUCUGAAGUACCAGAGAAUAUACCAUGUUAUUACUUAGCAAAUACCAGCUGGUAUCGGACUAUAAAAUAAAGGGUUACUAAUGCUUUCACUAAAGCUAUGGCAACCUGUACAGAGAAUUUUAGAUGAACACCUAACUCUCAUACUACCUGUUAUCUAAUACCUGGCCCCUACUUUAUGGUUAGGUAUUAUCAUCGUCUUCAAUUAUAUCCCCAUUACUAAUCACACAAAGUCAACAAUCUCUCUCUCUAGCGGCUGUAGUAUCUCAACCUGUUCAACCUCGUUGUUGUUGUUUUUUGCACUCGUUUAUGUUGGAGAAUCGUGUUACCGUCUCAUGUCGCUACAUAUUGUUACCUUUUUGUAGUGCAUGACAUAAAAACGAUUCAUUAUUGCAGGGUAUAUGUGCAGUAGUACGCACACUCGUGUACAUUUAUUCAAUGUCAGGAUUACUGAAUAAUGUAGAAUAACGUGCCAAAAAAGUGAAACAGUUGUUGGGUGUGGGAAGCUAAUGUGCCAGGCUGUAUCCCACCGUUUCUUUGUAUAGUGAGAAGAGUCGGGGCUUGCAUUGAGAGCAUGACGGCGUGGCUUUAGUUGAAAAGGCACGUGUUCUAUACUGUAUUUAAACUAUGUCAAUCAGAUUACUUCUGAUUUGCAGAUCUUUUUGAAUCCAAUAUGUUGUCCACAUCUAAGGGACAUAAUGGCUAGCUGUAUAGGAUGUGGUUAUGGUUGUACUUGUACUUAUAACUUGAGAGCUUGGAAGCUCUAGCGUAUUGUUUUGAUUCUAGGGACAUGCUACUAUUGCCAACUUGCAUUUAUUGCAACCUGUUAUGACACCGCUCAAGCGCAGUAGCAUAGGUGAUGAUUGUUAGUUAAAGCAAUAGUUCACUUCAAAAUCAACUUUUUUUUUUGUCAGACAUUGAUCAGACCUAUAUAUAUAUAUAUAUAUUUUUUUUUUUUUUUAAUAAAAUAAAAAAGGUUGUAACUUCAAGUCUCUGUCCCACACCAUUGGUUGUGUAGAUCCAGCUGCAUAAGGUCCCUUUUGAGGUUUGACCAAGCCGUACAAACUUUGAUCUUUCAAUGAACUACGACUUUAAUGAAGGAUGUAGACUGGAGCUGUAGGUGACGAUCUGGAAGGCACUAGGGAAGGUAUUGGAUACAGCCAUACUGUUUCCCCUCUGGCCUGUGGUCUGGUGAUGAUGAGCUGAAUGUCUUCCUGCUAUAGGCUUGGAGAGCCCAGACUGUACAUGAUCCAUGGAUAUGUCUGUCUGUCUGUCAGUGUAGAUACUGUAAAAAAAGGAUACUGUAUAUGUAGGAAUAUAAUGGUUGAGAGGUAUUUAUUUACGCAACAUGAGUUUAAUUUCUAUUAUGGAUCUUUCAGGUGAACAAUAUUUGAAUAUGUAGCGUUUUGUUUAUGAUGAGGACCAACAGUCAGUGGAAGGUGUGUAUUUUCUUUGCCAAUAUUAUUGUUUCAGUCGCAGGGUAGCAUGACCACAACAAGGCACAGACAGAGACAAUCUAUCGAACAUGCACGAGUAUAGACAACAUUAACAACAUCCACUUAUCCACUGUCCCACCCCUUCACACUUCUGCUGUCCCUUUACAAAGGUUAACCGUUAAAGGUUCAAUUAUUUUAUAGUGAAAACAAAACUAUUUUUCAAACUGGACCAUUUUACAAAGCCUUGACAAAAUACUGUAUUGCUUCCUAUCUUCUGUGAAGGCAGUUUUUCCCCCCUUCAGAAUGAAGAAAUGUUUGAUUGUGAACUUGUCAUGUGAAAUUCCAUCCUGAUGAACCUAUUUUACCUGUAAUAUGUGGUGUUCUAAAUCAUUCAGACUGGGUUAGCCAUCAAUAUUGUAUACAGUAGUUAUAUAUAAAUUAUGUUAACCACUAACCCUUAUAGUAUGUCUUGAAAUUGAAAUGUAUUCCAGAAAAAACUAUUGUUUAUAUUUGAGAAUAUUAGAAUUAUUGCCACUUUAGUAGCAGUCUUGCAUGUACUGUACUAUUAGAUGCCAGUUUUACACUCGGUACAGAACAUGUUCUACUUUAUGGGGCCACGUGUGUGACUGAAUAGUUAUUAUAGUUCAAUGCCUUGUAGAUAUGUCAAGGAUAAAUAAUCAACAAAGGGCUAUGCAUUCUAUGGAAAAUAUUGAAGAUGUUUCCAGAGAACGCAUAGAGGCCCGAGUUGAUUAUCCUUUUUAUACCAUGGCUAUAACUGAACACAUUUGGCACUAAGAAUGUGUUCAUUUGUUUACUGGAUAGCUACAACAGUUGCCUUGGUAAACAAACAGACUUGCUAGUUUAGCUAACCAAACCAUCAGUCAUAGCUUGCUAUUAAUGAAAAUGUAAUUCAACAAUGCCAAUAAUGUUUUCAAUUCGACUUUUGCUUUCAAAAGCAGCUCAAACAUAGAGCAUGUAAGAAUUAACUAUAGCCAAUGAAUUCUACCGUGCUGAUACCCUGUGUUAUAGGGAAAUAAUGCAUGCUCUAGAAUGCCAUUCAGAAACAAGUAUUCAACAACGCCAUGGAUAAGUCCCAGUCGGUAUUAAAUCGUAUUCAAUUCUUGUUGGCUGCUUGUUUAAGUCGAUUACAAAACUACAUUUGAGAAAAGUACAACAUGCCUAUAGAUUGCUUUUCAACAUCGCCUGCUCACGAGCAUUCUCUACUUAGAAAUACGUAAUAUUGUAAGGCUUCCCUUAAGCGCCUUUUCGUGACGGUGCUAGGAGGCGAUGACUGAGCGCUAGCUAGCUACCGACCGGAACAUUAAGCUAGCCAAGACCAACAACAUAAACAAACGGAAAACAUUUAAUCACAGGUAAGACAUUUAGUACAGUCCGUUUGUUUGUGUUGUUGGUCUUGGCUAGCUUAAUGUUCCGGUCGGUAUCUAGCUAGCUAGCACACUACUCGUGUGGCUGUUAGCGCUGUUAUGAAAAAAAAGGGGCAUGAGGGAAGCCCUACAAUAUUACACUUUUCUAAGUAGUGAAAAUACUUGGGAGCAUUCAAUGUUGAAAAGUAAUCUUUAGGCAUGCUGUACUUUUCUUAACUGUAGUUUUGUAAUUGACAAAAACAAGUAGACAAAGACAAAAUUGUGUUCGAAAAUGGUCAAGUUUUUGCUGUGAGCCAAUGGCGUAACCAAGGUGAUGGUUGGAUUGUUUUCCCCCUAGGCGGUCGGGGCCGCGACGUUCUAUCUAAUACCGACUAGGAGUAUAAACAGGUAUAACAAGAGCUAUAUAACAAUGUGUUCAGUCGGUUCUGUGCUAACGUUCCACACCUUGUCAUGCCAACCAUUUUUUUAUGUUUGAAAUGGCAUGGAUGUGGCAACGAGUGUAAUGCACAAACAGACUGCAUUUCAGGCUGACAAUGUGUACCCACGGUGUAAUUAACACUGUACCUGCUUAUGUAGCUGCCAUGUAAAUACAUAGAUUUCUGAACAUUUUGUUAAUAUACUGUAAAGUGGGACCAAUAUAUUUAGCUACAUACAGUAUACAUAAAAUGUAUGUCAUUUACUCAAGCAUUAGUAAUAUAAAAUGUACACAAGCUUUACUUGAUUAUUUCCAUGAACAGAUUGGAAAUGUUUUGUAUUAGUACAAUGCCGUUAUGAUUAUCAUAGCACUGUAAAUAUACAUAUACAGCGCAUUCGGGAAGUAUUUUUUCCACAUUUUGUUACGUUACAGCCUUGUUCUAAAAAGGAUCUCAAAUCAAUCAACACACAAUAGAAAUUGUUCCAAAUGUAUUAACAUUUUUAAAAACAACUGAAAUAUAAAAUUUACAAAAGUAUUCAGACCCUUUACGCAGUACUUUGUUGAAGCACCUUUGAGAGCGAUAACAGCUCGAGUCUUCAUUGGGUACACAACUGUAUUUGGGGAGUUUCUCCCAUUCUUCUCUGGAGAUCCUCUUAAGCUCUGUCAGGUUGGAUGGGGAGCGUCACUGCACAGCUAUUUUCAGAUCUCUCCAGAGAUGUUUGAUCGGG